UUUACAUUUUUAAAAACACGUUUAUGCCACUUUUCUGAACCCUCUGUUCUUGAUUUCUUCUUAUUUUGGAGAAGUGGGCGAAAAUGGAACUUGUUAAAGUGGCCAUAAACCGAAACGAGUUGUUUGCUAGUUUAACUCGACAGGUAACGAUUUGAGUCACUUUUCAGGUAUAAAAAAAACCUUACAAUCCUUAAUCUGCACCACCAACACCAGAUGACCGCAAUGGAAAAGUGUGUCAUUCAAGGACAUAAUAAACGCUCUAACACCAACGAAGCCCUGAGAAGGAGUCCACGGAAGAAGGUUAAACUGGAGGAGGAUGAGAGGAUGAAGAAUAAGGGGGAAGAUGAGGAGGAAGAUGAGGACGCAGCUUUAGGAGAGUUCUCCCAUCCUGUUCCGUGGCAGAAAAUAGAGGCAGAAGGACUGGACUGUGAUUAUGCAUUGCUCUUCUCGAAAAAGGAAGCAGACCAUCUUUUUAAACAGCUGGAGGAGGAGGUGGUAUACGCAACAGGUGAAGAAUCGAAGGUGAAGGUCUUUGGAAAGUUGUAUAAUAUACCAAGAAAGCAGGCGACGUAUGGAGAUGCGGGUUUAACUUAUACUUAUUCUGGUGUCACAUGUUUGGCCUGCCCUUGGACUUCAACCUUGGAAUACAUCCGGGAUGCCGUCACAAACACAACAGGACAGACGUUUAACUUUGUCUUGGUGAACAGGUACAAAGACGGGCAGGAUCACAUGGGCGAGCACCGCGAUGACGAGAAGGAGCUGGACCCUAUCUGUCCCAUCGCCUCCGUUUCCUUGGGGGCAGCACGAGACUUCAUCUUCAGACACAGAGACGCUCGGGGGAAACAGAGCUGCAGACAGAUUGAGCCCGUGAAGCUGGAGCUGGCUCAUGGAAGCCUGCUCCUCAUGAACCCACCAACCAACACCUUCUGGUAUCACAGCCUUCCUGUUCGCAGGAAGGUCCUCUCGCCUCGGAUUAACCUCACCUUUAGACGUGUCCUACUGCACAGCAAGAAGUAAAGAAGGCCAGGUGCAGAUUAUGGACUUGGUCAGGUGCACUCACCCCCAUGAAUCACUGACAGCUGAGCCUUGGUUUAGGCUGUUCGGAAAUCCUCAAGUACAUCAACAAAGAAAAAAUCUGUAAAUAAUCUCCUUUUGCAGAAUUAGAGACUAAGUGAUGACGGAAAAUGGGAUAAGUGAAGACUGUUUUUUGGAAGUAAAGGAAAGGAAAACAAUGCAGCUCUUUAAAAGGUUACUGGUGCUUGUUGUUAUUCAUUUAUCUGUGGGUUAUGUUUAGUUGAGAUUAAACUCAGAACUCUGCAUGAAUGUGAGAAGGCUGUUGGCUGAUCGAUGAAUUGAUGCGACCUGAGGAAGGAUGUUCAUCUACUGGUCUGAUAUAUUGUGCAGAGAUUUCAGCCGCAUUUAAAGAUUUUAUAAGUGGCCACCUCCAAAUAUUACUUUGUCAAUUUCUUUUUUGACAACCUCUCGUCUCAAAAAGUAGUGAAUCAUUUUCUUGCUUUAAUAAAGACUAUAAAGUGAA